AUGUCCACAGCACCUCUGCUCCAGUCUGCUCCCGGUAAGCGAAUCGCUCUGCCCACCCGAGUCGAGCCCAAGGUCUUCUUUGCAAACGAGCGAACUUUCCUGUCGUGGCUCAACUUCACCGUCAUCCUUGGCGGUCUGGCUGUUGGUCUCCUCAACUUCGGUGACCGGGUCGGCCGAAUCUCUGCCGGCAUGUUCACCCUCGUUGCCAUGGCUACCAUGGGCUACGCUCUCGUCACCUACCACUGGCGAGCUGCUGCCAUCCGAAAGCGAGGCUCUGGUCCUUACGAUGACCGAUUCGGCCCCACCAUGCUGUGUAUUUUCCUGCUGGCCGCUGUCGUCGUCAACUUUGUCCUCCGAAUGGCCCAGUAA